UGUCGGAGUGGGAGGGGCCCGGCGCGUGACACACACGGUGGGUUCCAGUAAACUGCGGCUGGUUGCCGGGGGCAGGUCGGAGUUUUCAGUCAGACAUUCAACAGGCGGCCGCCGAGCACAGCGGAGCAGCGCCGGUGACGCACUACACCUUGCCCGUGGUGACGCAGCGGUAGCCCGGUUGUCGGUCGGUAGUGUGUGACGCAGCCGGCUGUGGCGGUGACGCAGCUCUCAUGAAGUGACUGAAAACUUUUCCUGACGGGAAACUUGUAGAAGAAGAAGAAGAAGUGUCCGGCUCCGUCAUGGCUGAGGCGCCGCCGGUGGUGGAGAUAGACCCGGACUUCGAGCCCCUCUCCCGGCCCCGCUCCUGUACUUGGCCCCUUCCCCGGCCGGACUUCAACCCGAGCAACUCGGCAAACUCGUCCCCGGCACCGGAGCCCCCCUCCUCCGCCGCCGGAGCUCCGGGCAAUGUGGACUUCAUGAGCAACCUGAGCCUGCUGGAGGAGAGCGAGGACUAUGACCCCGGGGUGUGCGGGGACUUCCAGUGUCAGGAGCUUCAUCAACUACAGCCACAGCCUCACCAACAACCCGGGGGAGGAGGAGGGCUCCAUGCCCCACCGAGCGUGUCAUCCCUGUCCCCUUCUUCAUCCCCUUCCCCCCUGGGGGCCCAACAGCCCCGCAAGAGCAGCUCCUCCCGCCGCAAUGCCUGGGGCAACCUGUCCUAUGCCGACCUCAUCAGCCAGGCCAUAGAGAGCUCCCCGGAGAAGAGGCUCACCCUGUCCCAGAUCUACGACUGGAUGGUCAAGAGUGUCCCCUACUUCAAGGACAAGGGUGACAGCAACAGCUCUGCCGGCUGGAAGAAUUCUAUCCGGCAUAACCUAUCCCUUCACAGCAAGUUUGUACGAGUACAGAAUGAGGGCACAGGAAAAAGUUCUUGGUGGAUCUUGAACCCAGAAGGUGGCAAGAAUGGAAAGUCUCCUAGACGACGAGCUGCUUCUAUGGAUAACAACAGUAAAUUUGCAAAGAGUAGAGGAAGAGCUGCCAAGAAAAAGGCUUCUCUUCAACAAAGUCAAGAUGGGAGUGCUGAUAGCCCAGGGUCACAAUUCUCCAAGUGGCCCGGUAGCCCUAGUUCCCACAGCAAUGAUGACUUUGACGCAUGGAGCACAUUUCGGCCAAGGACCAGUUCCAAUGCAAGCUCAAUUAUGCCUGAAGAGGAUGACCUUGGAGAUCCUGAUGUACAUAAUCUUGUAUAUCCUCCUUCUACCACCAAGUUGGCAUCUACUUUGCCAAGCCUGUCAGAGAUUGGAAACUCUGAAAACAUGGAGAAUCUUUUAGAUAACUUAAACCUCUUGUCUCCGAACACCUCAAUGACUGUUUCAACACAGUCCUCAUCGGCCUCAAUGAUGCAGCAGCAGUCUGGUUAUUUAUUUACAUCUCCCAACAACGGUAUGGGAUCCCCUGAUCCUGAGUACAGGAAAUAUAGUUAUGCUCAAGCCAGCAUGAACUCCCUGUCACAAAUGCCUAUGCAAAGUGUAUCGGACAGUAAACCAGGCUAUAGGCCUGUUGGCCCAUAUAAUGUUCCAGCCGGACUUUUGAAGGAACUGCUUACAGCAGAUUCUCCACCACAUAAUGAUUUACUCGCCCCCUCGGAAUCUGCAGUCUCGCAGGCCAGCAGUAGAGUUUUGAGUCAGAAUGUGCUGAUGGGAUCUAAUUCUGGAAUGCCAGCCUAUGGCACUCAGCCUCCCCAUAACAAAAUAAACAGCAUUGCCCACACACAUCAACCACAUAAUCAGCAGACGUCUAUCAAUGGUCGUGCCUUGCCACAGACUGGGCGUACCAUGACGCACAGUGCUGGCAUUAAUCGCUUGUCCACAGUGAAAAGUUCAUUACAAGUGCCUAUGACUCACCCCCAUCCAAUGACAACCAUGAGUCCUUACGCUUCAAAUGGCUGCAAUGGCUUUGGAAGAGUUGGCAUUAUGUCUCUCCACCAGGAGAUGCUGCCAAGUGACUUGGAUGACAUGUUGAUUGAAAGCUUGGAAUGUGAUUUGGAGUCUAUGGAAUCUAUUAUCCGGAAUGACCUCAUGGAGGAUGGAGGAGCAGAUUUUAACUUUGAUAGUGUAUUGCCUAACCAAAGCUUUCCUCACAGUGUCACAACCGCCACACACAGCUGGGUGUCUGGUUAAACAAAAUAUAAGGUAACUGUAAAAAUUACAGUUGAAGACAGCUCCAAAGAUGCCCAUUUCCCACCUUAUUCAAAUCAACAAACACGGAUUUGUCUCAGAUUAUGCCAGUUAUGUGCUGCUCUUGGACCCCCCCCCCCCCCCCCCUCACUCUGAAGUGCCAAACUGACUAGAAAAACGAAUGGAAGAACAGACUGCGUUAUUACCAUUGCUGUUUGGGUGCUUUAAAGAGCAACUAAAAAUGACUUGAUGGGUGUAGUUUGUGUACCUGCUUCUUUGCUCUAGGGUGCUUUUAUGUGAGUUUCAAAUCUGCUCGGUAGUGACGCUUCUGAGCAUUUUUAAUAUCUUCAAGACUGGAAAACGUGACAUCCCCAGCUGCACUAAACAAUUUAUUAUGAAGUUUUAAAGAGCUUUUGUCAGCAACUUUUUAUAAUGCUACCUGUCUCUUUGGUAACUGCCAAAUCUGUGUUUAACAGCAGUGGUCUAAUUUAAUUACAUUCCAAACCAGCAGGGAUUCUCCCUGUUUUUGGACCAACAUUAAAAUGAUCCAGGGUUGGUGCUAAUUAUAUAAUUCUGAGUUCUAAUUUUUAUGCUCUAAAAUGGGCAACUUUAAUUUUAGAAGAUUGUUUCAUUUUGUCUUUUUGUUUGAAUUUGAUCACUCUGUGCAGAAAAGUUCACCUUCUGCAGAUUUUAUGGUUGUAGAAGAUCUGAUAUGACAUGAUUUUUAUUACCCAUUGCCAGCCCAGAUGCCUCGAUGCCAAACUCCCCUCAGUGGCCAAACAAACCUGCUGAAAACCCCUUUUUUUUUUUUUUUGCAAUUGCCAUGCUUCUGUAAUUUCUGGUGAACAUGGCACCCAGUCAACUUGGAGAUUGAAAUCAAAACAGCCAGAGUUUGCAUUCUGAGUUUAUUUAAUCUGUCCUAGCAUGUUUAAAACCAAGCUUUGACUGAGUAAGGAGGUCUGCUGCUUAAGCAGAAUUUGUUCUGUUAGAAUGUGGUGUGCAGAAACCUUUUAUUAAACCGGAUCUUCACCUAGCUGCUGGUUUCAUCUAAAUUGCCUUUGGCAAUCAGUCCAGCAAAUGCUUCAAGGCGGUUACUGUAAUUCUGUUCUUGGUCAAUUUUUAUGUUGGGGCCUUUAAAGGAGAGAAGGGGUUUUAGCAACUGCCCAUAGGAACAACACUUGCUUUAUAUUGGCAUCCAGAGUUGACUUGAAGCUGAUCUCCAGGCAGAUGAAUUCUAUUUUUACCAGUUUUUAGUCCAGUUUUACAUUCAUAAAAGGACAAGUUUACCUUUUGGGAACAUGUUACAUUAAUCUUAUAAGGUGGCACAUGUAACCUCUUCCUGAUCCCCCUUCUAAUUGUGACAGCAGCCCAUGGCUCUUCUCCACGCGCGCUCUAUCACAAAGAACUCACCUAGUUCUAUGAAUGAACUACAAGUACUUGACCACCUUUGUGGCUGGCGGCUUGUAGUUCUCAAUGAACUACCGGGGUGCUGAUGAGAGCUCUAGGUCAGUGUUUCUCAACGCCAAUCCUCAAGUACCCCUAGCAGGUCAUGUUGUCAGGAUUUCUCUUGGAUGAAACGAAAAGCCUAAAAACAUGAAACCUUGCUGUACUUAGUUCAUUGAUAUUACUGUCAUUCAGGAACUGAAUGGACAGACUGCUACACAGACCAUCUUCUGUACGGUCCUGACAUUGCACCCAUCAUCUGCUGAUCACAACGUCUUACAGACUCCAAAAAAAGCCUCCCCCCCCCCCCCUCUAUACUUGCAAAAAGAUGCGCUUUUGUUUGGGCUUUUUUUUUUUGAAAGGUGAACUUAUCCUUUUAAAUACAAAUAGUAUCUGAUUAUUGGUUUCCUGUAAUCCCUUAUAGAGGAGCAUGCACGUUAUGCGGGCAGACACUAUGGACAUGCUUGCAGAUGGGAAAUUUAUCAUGGUGUUUUCUGCACUUUCGUUAUUUGUCCUGGGGCAUGGCUGCUUUUGCUUUCUUUAUCGGCUGGAGUUCAGCUUUAAGUGCAAGCCAUAAUCUGCAGCUUGGUGGUAAAACCCUUUCAAUUUAAUUUAUUGCAUGAUGGGGGAGUAUAGGCAGACAUCUUGGUAACAUUUAAAAAGUGGCACUUGAGCCAUUUAAGAAUCUGUUGUGCCUUAUGGCAGUUAAGUGGGCUUUGUUCUAAUUAAAAGACAAUAUUUUGUUACUGAAUCUUAUGGAAUACCUUCAGUUAACUGCUACCAGCUUUUAUGAAAUGUGGUGUUUUGUAUUCCACAAACCAUGCUUGGUAUUAAACACAAUAGCUAGCCAAUGCAUUUUAAACUAUAGCUGGCUAACUAGUUGAGACUUUUUUUUUCUAUUGCCAGUAGUAUUUCAAGCUCCCCUGCACCUUAGAUUUGCUGUUGGCUAUUGGAUAAAACUGACCCCUUUGUCAAUCCCAAACUGAGUGAACACCCAUGUCUACCUAACCCCAUGUUCUAUUUUCUGGAGAAGCACCUCUCAAGAUGAAAGGAUACAGCCUACAAGCAGUCAACUACUACAGAGACAAAUAGAUUGUUGGAUCUUGUACAGAAAUGUUUUUAAAAUCUGUGUAGAAUUCUCUGUUCAUGCUGUUUUUAGUAUAUCAUUGUCCGUACCCAUGUCUAUUUUGGCCUGUGCCAGCAUCCUAGUAACCCCAAAUAGCACAGAAUUGUUCAGUAUUCCUCUGUGUGCUUUGUACUACAAGCUUUUUGUAUCUAUAGAAUAUGGGUGCUUUUUACCAUGUUGAUAUUUUAAUGCAAGGAAAAUGGAGGAAAUCCUGUAAAUAAGAAGUAAAUAUUUCUUCAUUUUGCCUUAAAUGAGAUAUGUAUAAAUAUUUGUAUUGCUUGCUUGGGAGAAUCAUGAGUUUUUGCUUAUAUAUUGUCAUUAGGCUUUCCAUAAUACUAAUUAACCACCCUUCUAAAAGAGAUUGGCAUGGUAUUGCCUAGGCAUGAUAUGUCUCAUACUCAUCUUAACCAAAGAAUGAUUGAUAUGUAGGCAUAGCAUUGCUGAGCUAGAACUUGCCAUCUCCUACUGCAAAGUGAAUUAUAUAUCUGUCAUGUAAACGAUACAUUGGUGUCAGACAGGAAUACAUUCAGGCCCCUUUCACACAGACUUUUCAAUCGGGUCCGCUUGCCAGUUUUUCAGGCGGACCUGAUGGGCCACUCCAUGCACCUCUAUUGAGCAGCGGAUGUCAGCGUUGACCUGUCCACUCACAUCCGCCGUUAUCCGAUCCGGUCUGUGAAAUCCUAACGGAUAGAAACCCUAUUUUCCAUCCGUCUGGAGAAUUGGAUGAAAAUGGAAAGACAUUCUGUUUUCAUCCAAUCGCCAUAGAGAUCAGCGGGGCUUUGUUAGGUCCAUCUCUGCACAGUGAGCGGAGACGGACCUGUCAUCUGCCUGCUUAGUGGGGAUCAGCGGAGCAAUCCCUGCUGAGCAAAGCAGAGUCUGUACAUGGGCAAGCCUUUGUAAAAGGGGCCUUAGGCAUAUCGUGCAACUGUUUUCUGGCACUAAAUGAUUAAAUGUUGCUUUGUGUAUA